AUGGCCGGUUCUUCCACGGAGAUCUUGGAGAGCAACUCGUCUCCGGACCCCGCGAUCUUCGGCGAUGCCCUGCUGCGCGACAUGGCCAAGCUCUGGAUCCGGACGCUCGACGGGAGGAGCGGCCAGCGCCGCCGGCCCUCGCCAGCACUGCUAGCCGCCGCCCGCCAGUGGCAGACCGAGGACUGGCGACUGCUCUGCCGCGACGCCGCCGACGCCGCCGACGAGCGCGGGGCUGACCCUCCGCUCAUCACGCUCCUCCUGAGUGACGACGACCUUGCCUAUGCAAGGCACCGGCAGCCGUCCCUCUUCUUCGAGCUGGCGCCGCCGCGCGAUUCGCUCUGCUCGCUGGUCGACGUGAGCCGCAUGAGCCGCGCUAGCUCGAGCGCGCUCGACACCAGCUCCCUCGGCCUGUCCACACUCGACGAGGACGCGCGCACGCCCUCCGCCUCUGGCGCGCCAUCCGCGCUCAGCCCGACGCCGCUCCUGGGCGCGGCCGACCUCGAGAAUGACGAAUCUCUCGUCACGGCCUUCUCCGCGCUGCUCCAGCGCGCGCUCUCGCAGGCCGUCCGGCAGCCCAAGGUGGUUCAGGGUGGGAUCGAGGCUGCCUUUCGCAAACGGCAGAACCUGCGGCUGCGUGACGCGCGCGAUCGCGUGAUCGAGCUUUUGCGGCGAGCCAACCUGGAGCCGCUUGGCAGCUCGGACGCGCUCGUAGCCCUCUUUCGCGACGUAUCCGGCGAGCUCGCGGCGCUUGGCCUCGCGCUGGGCGCUUCCGAGGCGUGGGCAGACCGGCUCUACAUCGAGGACCGGCGGGGCGCGUUGCCCGCUCGAGCGUCAUCUACCGCACCUCGGGCGCUGCUCUUCUCGGAGGAGGAGCUUGAUGAGGCGGAGGCGGCACAGUCACGGCUCGAGGCAAUGUACAACGUCGACGCGUGGUCAUCGCAGCUCAAAGGGACCAUGACGAGUGAGGAGCGAGUCAAGCGCGCCCUCAAGCGUCUCGAAGAGGAUGUGCCGUACCACGUCGCCCUCUUUGCCGAGCCCGUCUCCCUUCGCACGCUGCCGAAUGAGCUGCGGCAGCUCGGCGAGCGGCUGCUGGGACACCGCGCCGCGCUGGCGCUUGAAGCUAGUGGCGCUGAGGUUGCGGAGGCGAGGGCCGAGUUUGAGUCGGUGGACGCGUCGCUCGAGCCCCACAUCCCGGCGCGCGGCGUGGGAGGGGCAGAGAUAUCGCUUCCGCGGGAUGGUGGCCACGAGAGCCACUCGGUCGAGGCGGGAGGUUGCAACGUGUUCCGGCAAGCUAUAGUAGCUAAUGGGUCGGAGGGGGAGGGGGCGGGGGGGGAGGAGAAUGAUGUACGCAAGUGA